AUGUUGCAAAUGGAGGAGGCGAAAGCAGAAGUGGAGAAGAAAGUUUCCACACUUUACAAGUUUAUACAAAACAAGAACAAGAUCCCAAAGGUUAUAAAGAAGGAGCUUGUUGGGAUCGUCAACGAUCUUCACGAGCAAUACCAAUUGCUCUACUCUGUGUUUGAUCAUGAUUUGGAGAUUGGUGGAAGAAAUGAUCAUUCAGGUAAUGCUUCUUCGUCGAGUUCUAGUUCGGAUUUGGAUUACUAUUCUUCAGAGGAAACAGAGAUCACAUCGGGUAAUGUUAGCGAGAUCACAUCGGAUUAUUCGGCGAUGCUCAGAAAGAUACAAGAGACAGAGUUAACAAAUGAAGAUUUAAAGAGACAGGUGAGUAGUCUGAGACAAGAAACGUGUUACCUACGCGACCAAAACGUGGAGUUGGCGGGAGAAAUCGGAGGUAAAAGAAACGAGGACAGAGCACAUUUCAAGGGCUUGAAUCUGAUGAUAACAAAUGGUGAAGUUGCAUUGUUGCGUAACCAGAAGAAUGAGUUAUCAUUGGAGCUGGAGAAGAAAACCAGUGAAGUUUCAGAGACACAGAAGAGACUGAAGCGUAUGGAGCAAGUAACAGAGGAACGGGCUAAAAUUGUUGAGGAAAAAGAAGCUUUGUUGAACAAAGUAGAGAAACUUGAAGUGGGAAGAAACAAGUUUAAUGAGGAGAUGAAGAGUAAGAUCACUGAGAUUGAUCGUCUUAAGGAAGAGAAUCAAAAGCUUCAUACAAGAAUUGCAGAGCUAGAUUCACUACAGAAGCAGCGAGAGAUGAAAAACAUUAAAGUGAAGGAACAAGAAGACGUCAUUCACCGGCUAUCAGUGGAGAUCAAGGAUCAGAAGAAACUUGUGAAAGAACAGAAAGUCGCCAUUGACAAGUUCUCAGAGGAUCAAAAGGUGAUGAAACGUUGGUCAUUCGGUUCGACGUUGAAUACAAAUCUUCUUGAGAAGAAAAUGGAAGAAUUAGCUGACGAUUAUCGGAUGAAAAUGGAAGAUCACCUCCGGAUACUCUACAGGAGGAUCCAUGUAGCCGAGCAAAUACACUUGGAGAGCAAGAACAAGCACACAUUAGACAACACACACAAAAACAGAGGAGAUUUCAAUGUCUCUGAAACCCAAUUCAAGAAGAUGAAAGAAAUGGUGGAACAAGGGCUUGCUGGAUCAGAAAUGGUGCUAAAGAAGCUGGAAGAAGGCGAAGAGUUAACGAGCCGAGUCAGCAGAUUAGGUCAAGAAAUAGAUUCGGCGAGGAAAUGGGUGCAGGAGAAGAAGAGCAAGAUGAAGCAUGAGGUUGAAACACUGGAAGCGAAACUAGAAUGCAGAGAAGCACAAGAAACUCUGCUCAAGGAGAAGCUAUCGAAACUAGAAGCGAAGCUUGCAGAGGAAGGAGCAGGGAAGCUGAGCCUAGAAAAGGCUAUGAGAAGAAUCAAAAAGCUUGAGAUUCAUGUGAAGGAGAGAGAUGUUGAAUUGUUGAGCUUAGGAGAAGAGAAGAGAGAAGCCAUAAGACAACUAUGUGUUUUGGUUGAUUAUCAACGUUGUCGAUAUGAGGAUCUCAAAGCUUCCAUUUUUAAGGUUGCUCUUCAAGCCUAA